CAGUGUGCAGACGCUGUACAGUCAGUCUCAAAGUGUUCCUUGUAAAGGUUUGACUUGACCGCUGCUUCUCCAGUCUGUUCCUGGAUAUUGAUUUGUAGCCCUGAUCACGGCCUCGGCAGCAGGUCGGGGUUGAUCAUGGCCUCCGCGGACGCGCCCGAGAUGUCUCUGCUGAGUCUGGAGGACGAGCUGAGCUGCAGCAUCUGUUUGGGCGUCUUCGACUGUCCGGUCACCAUCCCCUGCGGACACAACUUCUGCCAGGACUGCCUGCUGUCCACCUGGAAGGACUCCUACAGCUGCCCGCAGUGCCGCACCGUGUUCGCCACCAGGCCGGAGCUGAAGAAGAACACGGUCCUCAGCACGGUGGCGGAGACCCUCAGGGCCAGGAGCGAAGCCGUCACGGCCGACGCGCAGAUCAAACUCCAGAAGAAGGUGGAGACGAUCCGCUGCGACACGUGCAUGGAGGCGGAGGCGUCGCACACCUGCCUCACCUGCAUGGCCUCCUACUGCGAGGAGCACCUGCGGCCCCACCGGGACAACCCGGUGUUCCGCCUCCACCAGCUGAGCCGGCCGGUCGGGGACCUGGCGGAGCGCAUCUGCUCGGACCACCACAAGCUGAUGGAGCUGUUCUGCAGCCAGCACGACCGCUCCAUCUGCAGCCUCUGCCUCCAGCAGGACCACAAGGGAUGCUCCUUCACCUCCCAGGAGCAGCAGAGGAGCCUGAAGGAGUCUGAUUUCAGAGGCAAGUUGACUUCACUGAACGAAAAGAUUCUGAAGACCAACACCGUGCUGAAUCAAAUGAGUGGCGCACAGAGCCAACUCAAGGAAGCUGCAAAUGAGAAAAAGAAAGCCCUGGCUGCCGUCUAUCAGCAGAUUCAGGACAUGUUGUCUCAGGAUGAGCGUGAGGCCCAACGCGAGGUGGACCGUGAGCUGGAGACUGGCGAGAAGAAACUUCAGGAGGUCAUGACGAUGUUAUCGAAAAACUGUGAGAAGAUGGCAAAAGCCAGAGAGACAAUCACCGGUCUGCUGGGUCUGUCCCAAAACAUGAGCUUUCUGCAGGCUUCGUUUGAACUGCCUAAAGCGGCGAAAACUGAACCUCACGUGCCUCGAAUCAACCUGGACUCUGGAAAGGUGAAGGCCUCGCAGGCGUUUGCUUCCGCCCUGAAGGAGAACCUGACGGAGAUCCUGAAACAGCCUUUUGAGGCCAGAUCAGCGCUGCUGAAACCAGGUGAAAAGGCAUCAAAUCUUUCUGGAUCGCCUAAAACCAAAAGUACCCCACCGAAGUCAAAACCUGGUAACUAUGUGAAUCUGCUGGUUGAAGCAGUAAAGACGCCGCAGAGAAACCGGGCAAGGUCCAAAAGUCCAGGUCGUCCCCUCAUUCAGCCACACCUGCAGCCACACGCAUCUUUUGGUCAACCCCCGGUUGUGUUCAUGGGGCCGUACUUUAAAGGACCGCUGCCAGGUGAAAGACCACAGCCACCAGCAGUGUUCACCGCUGUGGAGCCUGGAGCACCGCAGGAAUAUGGGAUGCCAUGGAAUCCGUUUCAAAUUAAGGUUCCCCCGCCGCCGGGCCAGAGGAUUAAACCUCCAAAGCCGACCGGUGAGGACAAGACGUCUGGUGGAAGAAACAGAUUUCGAACUUCUGCAGCUGAACCCAGAAAGAAAGCAGAAACUGCGGACGCCCCUUCAGAUUUCAGUUCUGCUGAGAAGAGAAGCGAGCUCCUGAAGCAUGGCGUCAUGCUGACUUUUGAUCCAGACACGGCUCACCAGCGCGUGAUGCUGACCGACGCCUUCACCCGAGCCUCCCUGUUCAAGGAGCAGGCCCGCUACCCCGACCGCCCCCAGCGCUUCGACGUCUGCACCCAGGUCCUCGCCACGGAGAGCUUCUCCCAGGGCCGCCACUACUGGGAGCUGCAGCUCAGCAGCCUCAGCUUCGUGGGCAUCGGCCUGGCGUACGGCAGCAUCGACCGCAAGGGCCCCGCCAGCCGGCUGGGGCGCAACGCCCAGUCCUGGUGCGUGGAGUGGUUCAACGACCGGACGUCGGCCUGGCACAACGGCAGCGAGACCCUGCUGGCCAGCGUGACCCCGAAGCGGGUGGGCGUGCUGCUGGACUGCCAGGAGGGCACGGCCACGUUCUUCAGGGUGGCGGACCGGGCGUAUCCCUUCCACACCUUCGUGUUUCCCUUCACUGAACCCGUCUAUCCGGCCUUCUGGAUCUUCUCCAGCGACUCCGUCAUUUCCAUUUGCAAACCGCAGAGUGAGCGAACUGAGCGCCAUCCCGGCAGACCGCUGCUUCUUUAGAACUCCAAAACCUCCUGGCUUUCUGGUAAAGAGGGGAAUAUUCAUGUGUGGUGAAGCGGGGCAGUAACCAGACUCUGGGUUCUCUGGUGUUGCAGGUUGCUGGUUUAUUCCUGUGGUCAGGCGCUCAUGAGCCUGAUGGUUUGUCACUUUAUGAUUGACUUUAUGGUCAGCAGCAGACGACGGGCGUCAUGCGUUUGGUUUUUUUAAAUGCAGAAGGUGCAGUAACUUCCUGCACGGUGCAGGAGGUAAGAUUUAAGUCAAUGGCGUGAGAUUGAAGAGUUUACUGCGUCGCAGCGUCCCGAGACAGCCAACCAGCUGCUGGGCUUUCAUCUGCUGAAGCUUCGUGUUGAGAAAUUCAUGCAAUCAUAAUCAAGCUGAACCUGUAGCCGAACAGGCUGAAGAUUGGAAUGAAAAAAAAACUGAUAACUGGGAGGAAUCAGAUAAUUGAAAAGAUUCAAGGAAUAACUAGAUCAACUAUUUGUUCUCUUUUCUCCUAUGUUCAUUAAUUGAUGGGAGACUUAAACUUCCUGCUUCUUUCAAAACAUCACUCCUGCUUGUUUUUGUUUUUUUUCGUCUUUGCAGGAAGAAAAAAAUGCAUCAGAUUAAACCUUGAGAACGCUAAAGAAACUUCUGCUUGUUCAGAAUACGAUCAGGAAGCGGAGAUAAUCUGAUGAAGUUUAAUGGAGUCGAUCAGAAUCAAUCCACUGUGCUGUUCACCUGGACUGACCAGAAACAGAGUUGGGUUUAGGGUUUACAUGAACAACAGUCUAAUCUGAUUACAGACCAUGUACAGUGGAUACAGAAAGUCUACACACCCCUGUUGAAAUGCCAGGUUUUCGCGAUUUAAAAACUGUUUUUUAAAAAAGAUUUAAACAGUUUUUUAUUUUCUAUUUUUCCCUUUUAAAAGUUUUGUUUUUUUCCCAAUUGCCUUGUGGAAAAAGGUGGAAAAAGUUGUGAAAUUAUUUGUCUUGCUAUCUUUUUUUUUUUUUUACAUCAUGAAAACCUGGCAUUUCAACAGGGGGAGGUAGACUUUUUAUAUCCACUGUAACAUCGCAUGAAAUAUCUAUAUUUCUAUUUCUAUGGAAUUUGGGCUCAAGCCAUCUUUAAAAGUUGGAACUUCGUGUAGCUGAUGAGUGACUGUGGUGAUAAAUGAUGGCCAAAUCAACAAUACAUCCGAAUCAAUUCAAGGUCUCCAAAUCACACAAAAACACAUGGUUAUAUAUGAAAAUAUUUAUGGGAACGUCCUCAAAUUCAGAAGAUCCACUCUUUACAUUCAUCUCCAUCAAAGUCUGAUUUUAUCAUCAGUCGACCAUCGUUUUGUAAACAAUGUUUAACAUGAUUGUUAUCAAUAAAAGCUUGUUUUCUCCCA